ACCGGAACACCGCCAGCAAAACUUGUGGAAGAGGAAGACCACCUCGAUCAGACUGAGCGCGCUUCGCAACGUUUCACAAAUCACAACCUCUAAACUUUGGCAGACCGAAUGAGACAGUGACCCCCUCCCCCUGCGUAGCAGACUUUGACUUGCAGCAGCAGGCCGGCCCCUCUGGUUCGAGCUCGCAUCCUUCCCGGCGAGGCCGUGCGGCCUGGACGGCGCACGCGCGGCGCGUCAGCGCGGGCGGGCUCGGUUGCUCGCUUGUGCGCGCGUGCCGCCAGCCAGAGCCCGCCCCCCGCCCCCCGCCCCCCGCCCCGAUCGAGAGGCCAUGUGAGUGUGUCACCCAUCUGACCGGCCCCCACUCGCCACCCACGCGAGCGAGCCAGCGACGCCGAGGGGCGCAGCAGAUCGGAGUCCCCCCGUCCCGUCCCACCCCUUCCACCGGGCGGGUCCCGGAAAUCCCCGAUCCGAGAGCUGGUCGGGGUGAGCUCGGGAAUGGCGGCGGAGGCAGCGGACGGGCCCUCGCCCCCGCCGCCGCGGACCGGGGAGGCGGAGGCUGCCGCGGCGCCCGAGAAGCGCGCACCGGCGGGCCGCGACGAGGAGGAGCAGGGCGGGGAGGGGCGGCCGGAGCCCAAGCGGCGGCGGGCGCGGGCGCGCAUCACGGCGCUCGAGAGCGUGCCCCGCGCGGCGGAAGUCGCGGCCGCGGCGGCCGCCGCUGCUGCGGCGGCGGCGGCGGAGGCCGCGAGCAGGGAGGACGAGCCCGAGCCCGCGGGCGGCUGCGACGGGGGAGAGUCCUUCUCGUUCCACGCGCGGGGCUUCUCCAGCGCGCAGACCACGCCCAAGUUCGGGUCCUUCAACCACCCCGGCGCCGCCGCGGAGCUCGUGGCCUUCCACCUGAUGAAGGCCUCUCGGCGCCGCGUGGAUCCUGAGGAGGCCGGGGAUCGCAGGACGGCUGCCGGCGGCGACGAGGAGGAGGCGGCGACGGCCGAGGGCAGCGAUGGGAAUUCACGCUAGCGGGGGUAGGCAGUAGUGGACGAGUGUGUGACUCGGUUUUGACUUCGGCGUCCCAUGUUCAUUUUGUUGGACAGUUCAAUUUCUUCUUCCUUUUGCUUUCGUUGUUGCGUGCAUCUGUGUAAUGUGUUGUGAUUUUAAUGUAGUGGGGUCGGUGUUUUUUUGUUGUACAAUUAGUGAUUUGUAAUGGAAAGAAAUAGAUCCCUUUUUCAUAGUGAUGAUGUUA